AUGACCACGCGCUACAAGAAGAACCGCCACCUGCGCGGGGCGAUCUCGGCGGGCCGCGGGCGCAUCGGGAAGCACCGCAAGCACCCGGGCGGCUGCGGGAACGCGGGAGGCCAGCACCACCACCGCAUCAAUUUCGACAAGUACCACCCGGGCUAUUUCGGGAAGGUUGGUAUGCGCAAUUUCCACCUGAUCAAGCACGGCAAGGUGUGCCCCCUGAUUAAUGUGGACAAGCUCUGGUCGCUGGUCCCCGAAGGCACGCGGGAACAGUUCGCGGCGAAGAAGGACAAGGCCCCCGUGAUCGACGUCAUGAAGGCGGGGUACAUGAAGGUCUGCGGCAAGGGCCAGUUGCCCGAGCAGCCCCUGAUCGUGAAGGCGCGCUACUUCACGAAGGAGGCCGAGGUCAAGAUCAAGGAGGCCGGCGGAGUCUGCGUCCUCGUGGCCUGA